CUCUAGAAGUUCACAAAUGAAAUAAGGAGACAGGUUAGGAGAUAGGAUGCCUGGAUUCUAGACUAGAAGGGGUGGUCUCUCCUGGAAGGGUGAAGCAGAGCCUGGGAUAAAAAACCACACCCUGUGGGGGAACUGUGGCAGACAGAUACUUGGGACACCCAAUGGAAGAUUGUGAGGUCAGGGGCGGAGUUAUUGGGGUAGAGGGUGGGCAGGAGCCCAACAGAAGUUCAGAACAUGCGGUGUUCAGGAGGAAGCUACAACUGGUGAGUAGUUUCUUCUCCCCAGCUGAGACUUUCUUCCCAUUAUACCCCUUCCUGUCCACUUCCUGCCAACCUAUAGCCCUCUCCCUGAGGUGACCAAGUAAUAAUCCUCCCUCCCACAAGAGUCCUCAUCACAUCUAGGAAGAUGCCUGCUGGGUCUGCCUCUUUGUAUCUGAGUUCCCAGUUCUCUUCUUAAAAGCCAAUGUGGUGAUUUUGAUGUGUGAGAAAUUCCUGUCUUGUUGGGUUCUUUUUAUUCUUCACUUUUGGCGUAUGAAAAGCAAAAUUAAACCAUCUUCUUAUCUUAACCUUGAGAGGAAAUAGCCUCUCCUCUGUAGUUAUUUCCCUUUCUCGCACUUCCUCAGGGGUCAAAGUCUUCUCCCAAACCUCUCUCUAUCCCUGGAUCAAGAGCCUUCUCUCCUGUGACUUCUACACCUGCUCUUAACUCACUAGACAGGCAUCUUCGGUCUCUUCCAGUUCCUUCUCUGAGGAUGUGUUCUAGAUGCUUCAGCUUCAAGGAGAGGAUUGAUGCCUUGGAACCUGCCCUCCUACAACUAUGACCCCAUGUAUUGCUGAUUUUCUGCUUCUCAGGACCCUCAGCUCCACGUGAUGGACUUGUGUGGGGACACACGAGCUCUCUAAACUCUCCCAUGAGCUGUGUCUUGCUCCAUCCCUAACUGACAGGGAUGACUGGGUCUGGAGGUGAUCUCUUUGUCUCGAAUGAAGGGAGCCUGGCCUGCUCAGAGGGGCUCCGAGAAGCAGAAGUAUCAGUAUGUGCUAUCAUUUAAGUCAGAGAUUGCUAAUUGGCAGAAUCCACCUUCUAGUCUUCAGCCCACUACUUAAUGUAGUUGUUAACUACCUGAUCCUUGCUUUUUAAGUCCUCACUGUAGUCUAAUUUCCGUUCUCUUGCCACCAAACUCUAGGCCCCUGUUAUGGUUCUGGAUAAGCUCAAGUCCUCUCUUGGGUUAGUUUAUUUGCUCUGUUCAGAACAGAGAGGUCUGAUCCAGAACAAACAACUCAUUCUUUCUCCCCUCAUCUCCACAGGCUUGAGAAUAUGCUGUUCCUUCCUCCCCUUCCCACCAUGGACCUCGAACUGUGGCCUUUGUCUCAGAACCUCUGAGACUGGUACCCAGGCAAGGCAAAAUGCCCCUGUCCCCAACAAGACUGCCUAGCCCCUAUGGCUCUGAUCGGCUGGUGCGGCUAGCAGCCAGGCUCAGGCCUGCACUAUGUGAUACCAUGAUCACUGUGGGGAGCCAGGAGUUCCCUGCACACAGCCUGGUGCUGGCAGGUGUGAGCCAGCAGCUAGGCCGCAGGGGUCACUGGACUCUGGUGAAAGGAAUCAGCCCUUCCACUUUUGCACAGCUUCUGUACUUUGUUUACGGAGAGAGUGUUGAGCUGCAACCUGGGGAACUGGGGCCCCUUGAGGAGGCUGCCAGGGCCUUGGGGGUGCAGUCCCUGGAAGAGGCAUGCAGGAAGGCUCGAAGAGACAGGGCUAGAGCAGAGUUUAGUCAAGGGCUGAAGGAACAUCAGAAGCCCACAAGGGAUUCUGAGAGUGGAGUGGGGGACCUUGGAGAGCAGAGAUCAGAGAAGUUUAUUAGAGCUGGUGAGAGAGAACAGGAGAUGGUGCAGGAGCACAGGCCACUGAGAGAGAGCUCUGAGAUAGCAGAGGCAAUGCAGGAGGAUCAGAGGGAGCAUGUGAGAUCAGAAGAGAAACUCGACCAAUCCCUUUUUGGCCACAGGGGAGUAGGUGGGAAACAAGAAGUGAUCAUGUGGGUGAAGGAGAGUCCAGGGGGCUCUGAGGAAAGUUUAGGGAAGUUGCCUGGCCCCCCACCCCCACCAGGUUCCCUCCAAACCAGCAUCACCUCUAGGCCCUGGUGGGCUGAGGCCCCUUGGUUGAGGGAGAGCCAGCCUGCCCUGUGGAGCCUCCUGCUAUUACCGCCCAGAUCUGGCACUCCUUUCUCCCAUAGUACUUCCAUCAGUGCAGCCUGGCAAGAGGUCUGGCCUCAGGAUCAGAGGAUUCCACUGUCCCUGAACCUCCACAAAGGGCUCUGGAGCCAGAAUCAGUUGGCCUUCUCUAGCUCUACCUCAGGUUCCCUCCCCCAGGGCCCCGCGAAGCUCAGCCCUGGGGAGAUGGAAGGGUCUGAUCAAAGGCACACGGGUGCACUUGCAACCUGUGUGGGUCACGUGGGCAAAGCAGGCUGCCCAUCUCGCCAACAGCCUUUCAGGCCUCCUCCUGCUCGGUCCAGGCCCUAUUCUUGUUCUGUCUGUGGAAAGAGGUUUUCACUCAAGCAUCAGAUGGAGACACACUACCGAGUCCACACAGGAGAGAAGCCCUUUUCCUGUGGCCUCUGUCCCCAGCGCUCCCGGGACUUCUCGGCCAUGACCAAGCACCUGCGGACACACGGGGCUGCACCCUACCGCUGCUCUCUGUGCGGAGCCGGCUGCCCCAGCCUGGCCUCCAUGCAGGCACACAUGCGGGGCCACUCGCCCAGCCAGCUCCCGCCGGGAUGGACCAUUCGCUCCACCUUCCUCUACUCCUCCUCCGCCUCUACAUCCUCGAGGCCAUCAUCCAGGGACUCCACCUCCAAGUAGGUCCCCUGCCUCCUCCACCUGACGGGCUGGGAAUGGCUUCUUUGGCUGCAGCUAAAGAAUGAAAGAUAUAAAGACAGGCCGGCGGGCUGGCUAGGCUUCUGACCCGGCACCCGGCUUUGGCAGCCUAGCGAAUUCGGCUAAGAAGCCUCGAGGGAAGGGCCCCGAAAGCCCUCUCCCGGUGACCAAGGACCGCAGAAGCCUGGACUGGCGAUCCCGUGUGGGGCGAGGGCAGUGAGGUUUGCACAAGUGAAUCUUAACUGUGUGGGCACUGUUGAUUUCAUUACUAAAAUAAAGCGUUGUCUGUGCCUUCCUCUCAGGACAAGAAA